CGUGACGUCAUGGUGUUUUUCUUUACGAACAUCUUGCUACAAACCAACAACGCCUGAGACCUCGUACCAGGAAGAUCAAUAAGGCUUCUGGUUUUGUUUCGAUACCGGUGACUCUACCUCUGUUCUCACUACCCAAAACUCCUUCUUCGAGCCCUUAUUCGCUGUCACAAUGAGUCCCUCUAAUCAAUCAACUCAUCUACUUCGUCUACUCGCUAGAGACAUCCAAGCGACCACACGCCUUCAACGAACUUUCUCCUCCUCGCCGUCUCUCGGCAUACAGAGGAAGCGUGUGCUCGACCCCUUCCGCACACCGCCGCAAUUCCACGACGCAUUACGUUUAUGUUCGGCAAACAACACGUUAUUACUCGCGCUCUUCACCACGUCUGCAUGCGCACCGUGUCGGACCAUCACGCCAUUGUUGACGAGUCUGGUGGAGACGCGUCCCGUGGCGCCGGAAGACAAGUUCUCGGGCUUAGCGUUCGCCGAGGUCGAGCUGGACAGCCCCGACAACAGCAAUGGAAACAUGAUGGAUCUUGGGGUUGAGUGGGGCGUGACCAGUAUGCCUACGCUCAUUGGGUUUGGAGGGCGGAGGGCAGAACGUGUCACGGAACGGGUUGUUGAUACGAGGAUGUUGAGUGAUCCGGUUAGGAUGGCGGAGUGGGUUGAUGAGUGGAUGAGGAAAGGGGAUCCGUUUGCAAAGGGUGGGAGUGGUGGUGCGGGAGGGGGAGGGAUACUCUCGCGGAUCUUUGGGUGA